CACACGUGCUGCUGAUGGAGGGUGGCAAACGAGAUGACACCCUGUUUCCGAUGACAGACCAGGGAAUUUCUUCACAGCCAGCAGCAACAGAUGCUUGGACGAGAGUAGCACAGAACAGCAUCAUCGGAGCCACGAGCGGCGCUGUCUUCGGAACCGUGUUAGCGACGUACCGCGGACAUUCCGUGCCGUUCUACGCGGCGAGCAUGGGCACAAACUACGCCCUGGCCUCUCUAGCGUUCUUCGGUACCGAGGCGUUGAUCCGAAAAGCUCGCGGGGACAAGCGAGACGCGCUGGGCUACGCCGGCGCCGGCCUGACGACGGGCAUGGCCAUGACUUUGCCGAUCGGGGGGCGAUACCAGGCGCUGGUGGCCGGGAUUGCGAUGGCAGGGGUGGGGUACGGGGGCUUUUACGCGCACCGGAGAGCAAGAGCUUAUCUGGACGAGCUGGGGCAGGAGGAGCUCAGGAGAAGAGAUAAAUUAACAUCGAAAGGGCCCAAACAGGCGGACGGCGGGCCCAGUAAACGCUACCAGGAGCAGCGAUAGCGCACCUAACAGAAAAAAAAAUUGGACGGGGGUUGCUACGAGCUUUUGUGGAUAUUGCGUUUGGGUGUGUAUUGACAUCGCAAAUGUCUUGAGUUGAGGCGGGGCGAAAGGC